AGCUGGUCUGUGUGACGUUGUUAUUUUAAUCAUGGUGUCGCUAGGGAGGGGAAGGGAAGAAAGUGCAGGCAACCCGAAAUACAGACAGGUUCGGCAUCUCAAACACACUGAAAACUGCAGAGCUCUGACGGUGGGCUUGCACUGAAUGUCAUCAGAUCAUGGGUGAGAAUGUCCCACACAAAAACAACCUGUAUUUUGAGGUUGAGGUGGAAGAGGAUGAACUGACCCACGAGGAUAAGAUGGUAGAGUUUGAUAAGAAUGGGCUGCUGCCCUCCUCCUCCUCUGGAACAGUUUAUGACCGGACAACUGUUCUCAUCGAACAGGACCCUAUAAGCUUGGACGAUGAGGACGACGAUGGUCAAUGUGAGAACCACAGCAUGACGUUUUUAGCCGAGGGGUCUGAGGAAGGGUUUACUUUCAUGGCAGAUCAUGAAGGAAUGUCGCAAGGAUAUGUCCAUCACACCAUCUCUCCGGAUCAGAUCCAGUUCAUUAUUAACCCAGGUUCUACUCCUAUGCCAAGGAACAUAGAGGGAGCGACCCUUACUCUACAUUCAGAGUGUCCAGAGACCAAGCUGAGAGAGGUUAAAAGAUAUCGGUGUAUGUUUGAAGGCUGCACACGUACCUACAGCACAGCAGGGAAUCUGCGUACUCAUCAGAAGACGCACCGCGGGGAGUAUACAUUUGUCUGCAAUCAGGAAGGUUGCGGCAAGGCUUUUCUUACCUCCUAUAGCUUAAAAAUUCAUGUUCGGGUCCACACAAAGGAAAAGCCCUUUGAAUGUGACGUUCGGGACUGUGAAAAGGCAUUUAAUACACUGUACAGACUGAAAGCACAUCAGAGAAUUCACACGGGGAAGACAUUUAACUGCGACUCAGAAGGCUGCACUAAGUACUUUACUACACUCAGUGACCUGAGGAAGCAUAUACGAACUCACACAGGAGAAAAGCCAUUUAGGUGUGACCAUGAUGGCUGUGGCAAGGCCUUUGCUGCCAGUCACCAUCUUAAAACUCACGUCAGAACGCAUACUGGAGAAAAACCUUUCUUCUGUACCAGUGGUGGCUGUGAGAAGACGUUCAGUUCUCCGUACAGCCUGAAGAGUCACGUAAAGGGUCACGACAAAGGACAGCCUUAUGGGGGAGCUCUCAAUCAUUCCUUAUCAGAGGAUGCAAAUCAUUCACUUUGCCUAAGCGAUUUAAGCUUGAUUUCCACAGACUCAGAAAUCAGAGAGAACUCAAACACUUCCCAAGGUCUGGAUUUAAACAGUGUUACACCGGUGAGGGUAUUUGAGUUGAUGUUUCAGAGCCCAGAAAACAGUGUUAAUCAAGAUGACUCUCAACAUGCAGAUGCGUUGAUUGAAACGUUCAACUCUGACAAUCCGACUGGAUCCACUGUUCCUACUGUUGCAGACUCCACUUCGCUUUUAUCUUUUCCGAUCCAAUAUCCAACGUCAUUGCAAACAAAUGUGUUGGAACCUUCCCAGCCAACUCCUCCACCUACAACUGCCCUUCCAGCCACCUCUGUUGCCAGCAGCUCACAGCAAACCCUGUUUGGGAAUACAUCCAGUGUGUUGCAGACACCUGAAGUGCCUGUCCCUUCGAGCUCUCAACAGUACCCAGCCAGUCAGCAAGACUUCCUUCAGCAGACUCCGCCUACACAGCUCGUCUCGCAAGGACUUCCGGUGAUAGCGGGAACUAGUGCCACUGCUAGCACAGAGCCACUCCCAGCCAUGGGGCAAACUGUGCCUUUAGCUGCAAACCUGACUAGUAACCCAACUAUAGCAAUCACCCCAACUCAGAGCACCAGCAUUCUCCAGCCAAGUAUUGUAAUGGCAGAUCAGAACCUGCAAUGGAUUUUAAAUGGUGCUGCAAACGCCCAGCAGAAUUCUGACCAAUCGCAGCAAGCUCCUAAGGUUGAAAAAUUGUUUUUUACCACGGCAAUACCAGUGGGAGGAAUUUCAGGAAACCCAGUUCAGCAGAUCGGUCUCAGCGUUCCGGUCAUCAUUAUAAAGCAAGAAGAAUCCUGUCAGUGCAAGUGUUCUUGCCGGGACUCUGCUAAAGAAAAGGCAUCUAAUAAGAAGGACACAUCGCCUCCCUCUCCUCCCCCUCCACCUCCUCCCCCUCUCCCUUUGAAUGAGGAGGACCUCCCCACAUCUUCACAGAGCUCACUCCAGCAAACAAAUCCUGAAUCCCCGCCUCGGAUAGUCCCCUCUACUUCAGAGGGACCCAGUAGCCGAACCCAACCGCCAGACCCCCAGACAGACACCUUGAUAAACAUGGACAUGUCUGACUUCCUGUCUCUACAGAGCCCGGAGACUCCUUCACAUAUAAGCACUAUUGAAGCACUACUGCUGGUCGCCGAUGAUUUUAAUGUUGGUGGAAAUAGCGGUAACAGCUUCUCCAAGUAACAGUCUCAUUUUCUUCGUGGGUUUUGGAGGUCUGCAUCACGAGAAUAAGCCAAUCUGCAUCGACAGCUUUUUUAUUUUUAUUUGAGGAAGGAUUUUUUUUAAUGUUUCCAUUACAAACAAGCAUUUUGUAAAGUGAAACCCUAACUAGAUAGACAGAAAAAGUUCAUUAUUUACAAUUGCAGGCUAUUGGGCUGUUAAAAGAAGAAAAAAAAAAUACAUUCCCAGAAAAAAAAUAAUAUUUCUACCAUAUGUGUCAUAUGUAACAUUAAUAGAUGUAAUAUUUUAUAAUACAGCACCCUGUAAAGUUUGCAGUACUAAAUAAAUUAGACCUAUGGUCCUUUAAGUUAUUCUAACCAUGUAAGACAUAUAGUAACCUGUUUUAUUCACCAUUUGAUUGAAACUUUGCCUUUUUUUAUUUAUUUUUUUUGAGAAGGGAGAUUGAGACCUUUAUAUCUACAAGAAAAUCUGCCUGUUUCAAAAUCCAUUUAACAUGAUCUGUGUAUUUUCUUUCUCUUAAAUUUUUAUUUCUCUAGGUGUGACCUAUUGUUAAGUACAAUGGAAUCUGUUGGCAGAAAUCUGAAUUCAAAUAGUUUAUUGCUAAUGUCUUGCUGUGUGUGUGCCUAAAAUGGUAUUUGUAGCAAUACAAAUAUAGUAUAUAAUUAAAUCUGGGGAUAAUUAUUACAAUUAAAGCAUACUUGUUGGCUGAAAUUACAAUUACAAUGCUAGUUUGUUCAAUUACAAUUACACUGCAGUAAUUGCAAUUAUAACUAGUAUUGCACUAAAAAGUUACAUAAAAUGCUGCACACAUUCGUGUUUAAUCUGUUUAUUCUACCAAGCGGUAAUCACAGGUACAAAUUCAGAAACACACUAUAUAAUGUUUUUUCAAACAAAUGGGGUCGCUGAAAGUGGUUGAGAAUAUGAGAAGAAUGUUCGCUCAGUGUGAAACUGUGAAUGAUAAAGCUAGGAAAGGUGUGUAAUUGAAUUGUAAUUGAUCAAUAUGGUAAUUACAAUUACUCAGGUGUGCCAAGGUUCAAUUACAAUUGUAAUUACAAAAUACACAAUUACACUUUAAUUGACCCCAGGUCUGUAUGUGAUCAACUGAAAAAGCUGUAUUUCAUUUAAUGUUUCCUUUUAACCCUAAAAUAAUUGCCUCACCUGACCUUGAACUAGCAGGGAGAAAUAAAUUGAAGUAUGUACUUACUGUGACAAAUGUAGGAGACUUGUAUAGAUACUGUCCUUUUUACUUAGUCAUUUUUAAACAUUUUAAAUGAUCUGUUUGGAUAUUUCUCUAAAGAAAAAUGCUUUAUCCUUUAUGGAAACAGUAGUGUUUGAACUUACAAUCGGCAAGACAAACUGGUGGAUUUAGGUUGCAAGACCUUUAGAUUAUCUUGAUUCCGACUGCUUGGCACCAACACUAGAGGAAGCUGACAUGGCACAAAGGCCAUCUAUGAUUCAGUUAAAUUAAAUACUAACAGUUGAAAUUUUGUAACCAAGAUAGAUUAAUUCAAAUGUAAUUCAAAUACAUAUUCUUCAGCAUUGAAGGUCACACCUGUGCUGGGAUAUCUAAAACAGUUGACAGAUACUAGAUCUAUGAGAGAGGAAUAUUUGGGUAAGAAUGAAAUGUGAGUUGCCAGGUUAUGCACCAUGCACUAGUAUUGAGGCAUACAAGCACUUUAAGUUACUAUAUCUGUUCUGGCAACUGAUGACUUUUGCACCAUUUAAAGGGACAUUUCUUUCAAGUUUUUUUGUUUGUUUUUGUGUAUGUGUAACUUUUUUCUUGUAUUUUAUUUUUGCAGAUGUGCAAAGAUAUCAUUAUUCCUGUGCUGCAGCAAUGCAUCUUCUCCCUGUAGACAGAUAUUCUGCCUUUCAAACCCUUAAUGUUAAGUUUUUCAAACCCUUAAUGUUAAGAAUAUUUAUGACAACGUCCUGCCGUAAGUCAGUCCUGUGAUGUGACUGUUGUGGUUUUUAAAAUGCAACACAGCAGAAUAUCUGGGUCUGUAUGUAAUUUACAGUACAUUUGUAAAGGAAAAAUGUAUUCCAAUACAGAAUCAGAAUUGUUAUGGUACUACUGCCAAUCUAUUUUCCUAAUGCAAUUAAACCAGAGUUAUUCUACAGAUUUUCUACAAGUUUUGGUUUAAAUUGGUAACAUUUAACAACAUUUUUUUGGUCAUAUUUGGAGGUGUGCAUUAACCACCUUUUAUAUUUAUAGCUUCAGAAUUAAAUAAUCUAUGCAAACCUUGUUGAAACUAAGAGCUAAAGUGUUUUUUUCUCUCUCUCUCACUCUCUUCGAUUGAAGCCAACCGUGUUCUUGUCAGCAUUUGCAUUUUUUUAUUUAACAAAAUGCAUUGCUAGAAAUGAUUCCUGAAACCUAAAUGUAAACAAUACCUGUAGAUUUAGAACACUGAGAUUUGCAGGUUUUUUAUUUUAUUUAUUAUUUUUGACUAAUUACCAGUAUAUUUGUUUAAAACUAUAUUUUGAUGUUGAUUUAGUUUAUGGUUAAUGGAUUAUUGGAUUUGGGGUUCUUCUCAAACAUCCUAUAUUCAAACCAUCAGUGUUUGUUUAAUAAGUCAUACCACACAUGCAAAUGACAACAUGUUAUGAGUAUAUAAAUAUCAAAUUGUCCUUGAAUUAUCACAAACCGAGGGAUGGCAGCUGGUCUGUUUUGCCAUGCAGAGAUCCAUGUUUUCCACAUCAUCUUGUCUAUGUAGUUCAAAUCUUAAUCUGUUAGGAUGUGUCUGACUGAAGUAUCCUAACUGUAUAUUAUAUGUACUGUACUAAAAUGUUUUAACCUGAUAAUAUGUAUGGUACCUUAAAAGCAAAAUGCUAUAAUUAGAGACAAUAUGCAUUAUUAUGUUAAAGGAUUAACCUUUGUAUCUGUUCUGGACCAUAAAAUCAUAUAUAUUUUUUUUUAAAUAUAAAAGCACAGUUAAAAACUCUCCAGUAUGUUUCUAUGUUGGCAGUCAAUGUGGUUUUAGACAGCAUAUUCUAUCAAUAUUUCAGUAAUGCAGUAAUUAAUUUAAUAAUACUAAUAAUUUACAAAUGUUACUCGUGUGUAACUUUUUUUCAUGAAAAAAAGAAAAUGUUCCUAGAUAUAUUCUUUUAUGAUUAUUUAGAUAUUUGAAAGCAUUCAAUAAAAUCAACAAGGUUAUUUACUGUAACACCUACACUCUAUACAAGUGUAAAUACAGUUAACAACAGCUAGCGAUUCCAAGUAUAACUCCCAGAUCCUCCAAAGUACACCAUUAAUCUGUGUUAAAAGGUCAAAAUCAAAAUUGUUUAGUUUGAUACAUUUAUUAUUUAGCCAUAGUCUGUGACAGUUGUAUUAAGGCACUUUUUUUUUCUUUUCGUUUUUCUAAGAAAAGGGUACUGGUAAAACAAAUUUGGUUAUUUGACGAAAAAGAUGUUUGCAAAUUUUAAACAAAAUUCUGUUAUAAGAAUUAUUUGGGUCAGUUUGCAUGUUCUAAUAAAGAUUAUAUUGUUUUGUUAUAUUAUGUUUAUGGGACAAAUUAAUUCUCCUGAGGAGAAGAAAGAUAAGUCUAUAUAUAACUUGUCCAUUUUUUUUCUUGACUUUUUUGGUAUGUAUUAUAUAUAUAUAUAUAUAUAUAUAUAUAUAUAUAUAUAUAUAUAUAUAUAUAUAUAUAUAUAUAUAAUGCAGAUUUAACCAGAUUCUAUAGAGAGAUUAUGACCUGUUGUGCAGUCUCCAUGUUUAAUUCUUCAGUUACUGAUGUUUGUAAACCAAUAAUACUUGCCAGAAAUUUUGCUUGGCUUAAGGUUUAGAGGUAUUGAGCCCUGUCGUUUAGUCUUCACAAUGUAGUAUUGUAAAUUGAACUGCUGAAAUUGAUUGGGGGUGGGGGGAGAUAAACAGUAAAGGUUCGAGUACAGGUGAUGGAGAUGCAAUCAUUUCAAUACUUCAUGUCCUAAUAGGUGUGUUCAGAUCUUUUGAAUAUGUCCACUUGGGUGAAAGGAUGUUGAAAAACAAAAAUACUUCCAACUGAAGACAAUGUCUCCCAACCCAGAGUGAAAUGAUUUAACAUUGUAAAGGAUUUGUAUUUUUAAAGAAUGUAAAAUGUGAAAAACCUGUUUUGCUUAAUUGCUUGUUUUGUAUAAAGUUAUAUUGUAUUAUGGUUUAAAAUGCUGAAUAAUGGAAAUGUAACAUUUUUGGAAUGGAAAGCAAUUAAAUCCUAUACUAACUUA